AACAAAUUUAAUUGCAGAAAAAAUGAUCGGGUUGAGAUCAAUGUCUAGAAUAUCGCAUUCUAAUUUUCUGCAAUGUUUGAAAAAUUCCAGUAUUGGGACGAGACAUUUAUCAAUGCUAAAAUGUGAAAUAAGAGCAUGCAAACAGCUUCUAAACAGAUCAGGACUGAAUACAGUUGAUAAAUUUGAAAGAAUACUAGGCAUUAACUCUUUACACACAUCUUCCACUUGGUUCCAGGAUGAUAAAGAUGAUAAGAAGAAGUAUGACAAGAACGAAGAUGAAAGGGAGCGUCUCCUUUCUGGACUAAAAGCUGUGGUUGGGUUUUUCCUUCUCCCCCUUGCCCUUGUCCUUAUAUUCAGUGGUGGUGGAGGAGGAGGGGGAGGAGAAGGGAGAGGUUCCGCAUCCAGUUUGGAAAGAGCCCAGCGUCCAGGACAACCGGUCGGAGAGAUGGAUUGGAAUGAUUUCUACCACAAUCUUCUUCUCAAGGGUGAGGUGCAAGAAGUUAUUAUACAUUCUGGUGUUAACCGAGCCACAGCAGUUCUUCAACCAGGAGCUGUUUACAAGGGUCAAAGAGUUCCAACUCAGAUUAUUCGAAUUUCCUCUCCGAACGCAGAAAUUAUCGAGGAUAAGAUUCGCGAAGCUGAGAGAGAAAUGGGAAUCAGUACUGAGAAUGGUAUGAGCGUGAGAUAUGAACGAACCUCUCAGAAUAUGAGCAGAAUAAUUGGACUCAGUCUAGUUCUAGUCAUACUGCUCCUCCUUGCCAGGACCAUCAAGAAUACAAAGAUAAAUAUAGGUGGACUCAAUCCGUUUCAGAAUAUGGGAAAGGCGGAUUUUACCCUCGUGGACCCGUUGACAAGGAAUGGACCAGGAGUCAAAUUUAGUGACGUGGCAGGACUCAAGGAACCAAAAAUAGAAUUAAUGGAGUUCGUGGAUUUACUGAAGAACCCGAACAAAUAUAAAGAGCUAGGAGCUAAACCUCCGAAGGGUGCUAUUUUGUUAGGCCCCCCUGGAUGUGGGAAGACUAUGCUUGCGAAGGCAGUGGCGAACGAGGCGAAUGUCCCUUUCUUGUCGAUGGCAGGAUCAGAAUUUAUCGAGAUGAUAGGUGGGUUGGGAGCAUCCAGAGUUAGAAACCUGUUCUCUGAAGCAAAGAAGAGAGCUCCAAGUAUCAUAUUUAUCGACGAGAUAGACGCCAUAGGGCGACAGAGAAACAUGGGACAGGGCGGACAAACUAACGGAGAAGCGGAUCAAACUUUGAACCAGCUCCUGGUAGAGAUGGAUGGGAUUGGAUCCGCUGAGAAUGUUCUCCUACUGGCCAGUACUAACAGAGCUGAUGUCCUGGAUAAAGCCCUACUCCGACCUGGACGGUUUGAUCGGCAUAUCUCCAUCGAUCUUCCAACAUUCAUCGAGCGAAAGGAAAUUUUCGAACAGCAUCUUUCCACGGUGACCAUUCUGCCCCGAACUAGUCAGGCACUAGGGUUUGCCCAGUACACUCCCUCAGACAAGAAAUUGUAUUCUCCAGAAGAGUUGAUGGACAGAAUGUGUAUGGCGUUGGGGGGUAGAGUUGCAGAGUCCCUAACUUUUAACAGAAUAACAACCGGAGCACAGAAUGAUCUGGAAAAGGUGACGAAGAUGGCGUAUGCCCAAAUAAGAGAUUUUGGUUUCAAUGCCAAUGUUGGCCACGUGUCCUUUGAACUAUCUGGUGGGAAGAAACCGUACAGUAAGAAGUUGGGAACCACCAUGGAUCUAGAAGCCAGGAAUCUCAUAGCUCAAGCAUACAAGAAGACCGAAACUUGUUUAAAAGAAAACCAAGAUAAACUGCAGAAGCUGGCUGAAUUGUUGCUCAAGAAGGAAACCCUGAACUAUCAGGAUGUGGAAGAUUUAUUGGGUUCGGGUUGCCAGACAAGAACAAAAGAUGCAUUCAGUAGUGGCCAAUAA